GAACUUUUACUUCAGCCGCGAUUAGCGUCAACAUAGUUAAUGGGAAAUUUAUAUUGAGAUCAGAUGGAGAAUUUUUCUACUGUAGAAAAAAUAGGGGAAGGAACAUAUGGUGUAGUUUACAAAGCCAAAGACAGGGUCACCGGACAAGAAAUCGCGUUGAAGAAAAUCAAACUUGAAAAUGAACCUGAGGGUGUACCAUCAACAGCCUUACGGGAGAUCUCAGUGCUGCGAGAACUUCGACAUCCAGCAGUUGUACGGCUCCUUGAUGUUAUGCUGGCAUCUUCAGACAGUAAACUGUUUCUUGUCUUUGAAUAUUUGAAUAUGGAUCUCAAAAGACUCAUGGAUCUGACGAAGGGACCACUACCUAUUGAUUUAGUUAAGAGUUAUUUACGACAGUUACUGGAAGGUGUUGCGUACUGUCACGCCCAACGUGUUCUCCACAGAGACCUGAAGCCCCAGAACCUACUAAUAGACGAGGAAGGUCACAUUAAAUUGGCCGAUUUCGGUUUGGCUCGAGCUUUUGGUAUCCCUGUGCGUGCUUACACACAUGAGGUGGUCACACUAUGGUACCGUGCACCAGAAAUCCUUCUUGGGGCUAAGUUCUACUCAACCGCCGUUGAUGUUUGGAGCUUAGCCUGUAUUUUUGCAGAGAUGGCAAGCGGUCGCACUCUUUUCCCCGGUGACAGUGAAAUAGACCAGCUAUUCCGCGUAUUCCGAGCGCUGGGUACACCAGGCGAGGCACUAUGGCCGGCAGCGAGAAGACUUCCUGACUUCCGAGCCGCCUUCCCGCGAUGGCCUGCCCGACCUGCCCGAACAUUACUACCAGCAGGACUCCGAGCGCACAGUUCAGCGGCAGCGUUGUUUGAGGCCAUGCUGCGUUAUGAACCUGAGACUCGAAUUCCUGCCCGAGCUGCUCUUACGCAUCCUUACUUGGCUGAUGCGACUCUGGUGCCGCCUCCUCUACAUCCUUAAUGUAUUGGAAUCCUGUAGAGGUAGAGGUAACAGAUCAAAGGGGACGGGUAGGGUACUUUGUGGAGUUUAAGGAGUUUUGUCAUUGGACCGAUGACACCCACAACCUAUUGGGACAGUCCAGGGUUUGUCAUUUUAUUAUGAAGUGAACCAAAACUAAUAAAAAUACCCUUUGAAAC